UUUUCGUCUCUGGAUGAUAAGGUGCGUUAGGAGGCGCCGCUGCACCGGGCUGAGGAGGGAGCCGAUGAGCAGACCAGACAAACAGCUCCUACUAAGACAUCCACGCAGCAUCUCAGAGCCGGAGAGACCAUGAAGACAAACGGCAGAUCGAGGAGUAAAGAAUCACCUGCAGACGACCGAGUGUAGAGGCAGGAUGGCGGGGGGUCGGAGGGGACUUGUGGCCCCACAGAAUACUUUUUUGGAGAACAUUGUCAGACGGUCGAACGUUUGGACAUUGUCACAUAGACAGACAGAUACCAACUUUGUCCUGGGAAAUGCUCAGAUAGUAGACUGGCCCAUCGUCUACAGCAAUGAUGGUUUCUGCAAGUUGUCGGGCUACCACAGAGCAGAGGUGAUGCAGAAAAGCAGCACCUGCAGCUUCAUGUACGGGGAGCUCACGGACAAGGACACAACGGAAAAAGUGCGACUAACAUUCGAGAAUUAUGAGAUGAACUCAUUUGAAAUACUAAUGUACAAGAAGAACCGGACGCCUGUUUGGUUUUUUGUGAAGAUUGCUCCCAUUCGAAAUGAACAAGAGAAAGUGGUCCUGUUUCUUUGCACGUUUAGUGACAUCACAGCCUUUAAACAGCCAAUUGAAGACGAUUCUUCAAAAGGCUGGGGAAAGUUUGCCCGACUGACUCGAGCUCUAACAAGCAGUAGAGGAGUCUUACAACAGCUGCAGCCCACAGUCCACAAAGGAGAGAAUGUCCACAAGCACUCCCGCUUAGCUGAGGUACUGCAGCUCGGAUCAGAUAUCCUACCUCAAUACAAACAGGAGACCCCCAAAACCCCUCCCCACAUCAUCCUGCACUACUGCCUCUUCAAGACCACAUGGGACUGGGUCAUCCUCAUCCUCACCUUCUACACAGCUAUCAUGGUGCCCUACAAUGUCUCCUUCAAGACGAAGCAGAACAAUGUGACGUGGCUGGUGGUGGACAGCAUUGUGGACGUCAUCUUCCUGGUGGACAUUGUUUUGAACUUCCACACCACGUUCGUCGGACCCGCCGGCGAGGUCAUCUCAGACCCCAAGCUGAUCCGUAUGAACUACCUGAAGACCUGGUUUGUUAUCGACCUGCUGUCCUGCUUGCCUUACGACGUCAUCAACGCCUUCGAGAAUGUAGAUGAGGGGAUCAGCAGUCUGUUCAGCUCACUUAAGGUGGUCAGGCUUCUCCGUCUGGGUCGGGUUGCCCGUAAACUGGAUCACUACAUCGAGUACGGGGCGGCUGUACUGGUCCUGCUGGUGUGUGUUUUUGGACUGGCCGCUCACUGGCUGGCCUGCAUUUGGUUCAGCAUCGGUGAUUAUGAGGUUAUCGAUGAAGAAACAAACAUUGUGCGCAUGGACAGCUGGCUCUACAUCCUGGCUGAGACGGCGGGCACACCGUACCGCUUCAACGCCAGUUUAGGCAAGUGGGAGGGCGGGCCCAACAAAGACUCUGUCUACAUCACUUCCUUGUACUUCACCAUGACCAGCCUGACGAGCAUCGGCUUCGGCAACAUCGCCCCUACGACAGACUGUGAGAAAAUCUUUGCGGUGGCCAUGAUGAUGAUUGGAUCUCUUCUUUACGCCACCAUCUUUGGUAAUGUGACAACAAUCUUCCAGCAAAUGUACGCCAACACAAAUCGUUACCAUGAGAUGAUUAACAGCGUCCGGGACUUCCUCAAACUCUACCAGGUGCCCAAGGGCUUGAGUGAAAGAGUUAUGGAUUACAUUGCCUCCACCUGGUCUAUGUCACGGGGUAUAGACACCGAAAAGGUGUUGCAGAUCUGCCCAAAGGACAUGAGAGCAGAUAUUUGUGUUCAUCUUAACCGGAAGGUUUUUAAAGAGCACCCGGCUUUCCGGCUGGCCAGCGAUGGGUGCCUCAGAGCGCUGGCCAUGGAGUUUCAGACCAUCCACUGCGCCCCCGGUGACCUGAUCUACCACGCCGGUGAAAGUGUGGACAGCCUUUGUUUUGUGGUGUCUGGAUCACUGGAGGUCAUUCAGGACGACGAGGUGGUGGCCAUUUUAGGUAAGGGAGAUGUGUUUGGGGAUGUUUUCUGGAAAGAAGUCACUCUCGCUCAAGCCUGCGCCAACGUCCGAGCUCUGACCUACUGCGACCUCCACGUCAUUAAACGUGACGCCCUGCAGAAGGUGCUGGAGUUCUACACAGCGUUUUCCAAUCACUUCUCAAGAAAUCUGCUGCUUACUUACAACCUGCGAAAGAGGAUCGUCUUCCGAAAGAUCAGUGAUGUGAAACGAGAGGAAGAGGAGCGACAGAGACGUAAAAACGAAGCCCCUCUAAAUUUGCCACCAGAUCAUCCGGUACGAAAACUCUUCCAGCGCUUUCGACAGCAGAAGGAAGCCCGCCUGGUGACCGACAAACCAGAACUAGAUGACCAUGAUAUCGAGAAGGGCCCUAUGUACGUGGACAUCCCGAUAACUACAACAGCCAUCACAACUACCAGCAUCAUCACAGUGACGGAAAGCCCUGCAACACCCUCAUCUUCAAUGCCUUCAUCUUCAACAUCCCCCAACUGUACUCCCUCAAACAAGGCAAAGCUGCAGGUCCCAACUCCUGUUUCUCUGGUGGGAGGCCGGGCUGCCGAACCCGUCAAAGUCAAAGGGUGGGGUCGCUUCAAGGAGUCCAUGGCCAAAGCCGACAACUGGAACAAAGUGUCUAAAGCCGAGUCCAUGGAGACAUUACCUGAACGGACCAAGGCGCAUGAGUCACAGAUGUCUCUAAAGAAGACAGACUCAUGUGACAGCGGUAUCACCAAAAGUGACCUGCGCCUGGACAAAGUAGGCGAAUUCCGCAUGACGCCCCAGGAUCGCAGUCCCGUCCAGCCACCGGAGACCAAGCGCGCCUUCUACCCCAUCCAAGAGCAAACGCUUCAGGCCUCACUUCAGGAGUUCAAGCUGGAGCUGAAGGACGACCUCAAGAACCUGAACGUUCGAAUGUCCGGCCUGGAGGCGCAGCUCACAGAAGCACUUCAACUCCUCAAAGUAAGGAGAUCAAGUGCUGGCUCUCCGCAGCCUCUUUUUGACAUUUCUAGACCUGCUUCACCAGAACUGGACAAAGAGGACAUUUUCUCUUGAAGAGUGGAAGGUUAACUGAUCAGGUUAACUGUGAACUCAGCUGGAAUCCAGUAAUAUCCACAUUACUUGGAGAGCUGAGUCUGCACUGGGCACACCAUUUAGAUAAGACAACAGUGUGGUCUUGAAGACACACCGGUCUUUAUCCUAGGGGUGUAGCUGUUGGCCAACUAGGGAAUGUCAUGUUGAGAAGUUGAGGUCGUAGCCCAGAUUCUGUUGUUGUAACAUUGAACACUGGGAAGUUACAAAAACACUGACAGCUCUACGUUUGUACAUACGUUUGAUUUAUUUUUCCAUCGCACUAUGAUGGAAAAAUAGCUUGGGAGGUUUGAUUUUAUCUCGAUUUUGCGAGUGUCAACAGAAGAACAUAGUUGUAUCUCUGUUGGGAAGAGAAUAGAAACAGCACGCCCUACUGGUUUGUUAUUGAAUCAUUUGUAAGAGAUUCUUUGCAUGUCACGUAAAAUAGACGUUUGACUCAAAUUGCAGAUGGUGCAUUUUUGAUUAAUUGAGGCCACGACUCAUUUGGAUUAUUUCAUCAUGACGGUGGGAAAAGACAGUUAUUCCAGAUGUUGAAACUGUCUCUGAGUAAUUUCCUUAAGUAAUUGAUGAACUCUUUCUUUUUAUAUCCUUCCAGGAUUAUUAUGAAUAAUACAACUGAUAAAUCAACAAGCAUUCAGAGUUUAGCAGUGCGUAUAAUUCCCAUAAACCAUGGCUAGAUAGGCUUGAUGAAACGGCAGAAGUGAGCAAUUUAUCCAUAGUUCCUGAUAUUGAGUAUUUGUUAUUCUCAUAUAUAAACACUACAACCACACACACGAGACACAUGUUGUGUGAGAGCCGUGCAUUUUUAAUUUUGGUCAUGCAUAUUUAGCUGAUGCAGAUGGUACUGAUAAUGGCUGUACCCCUUACCUUAUUUUAAAACAGUUUUCAAAUAUUUCAAAAGUAAAAUUUAUAUAUAUAUAAAUAACAUAAACUUCAAAGUGCAGGUUUGUUCACGUAAAUGGACCUAGAUAGUCAAUGGAACAUGCUGUAGAGAUGUAUUUUGCCUUUAAUGGCCACUGAGGUACAUGUUUACAUUUGUUACCAGUUAGCAUGCUUAAUUUAAUUGUCUGUCUUCACGAGUUAACUAUUAAUAAAGGACAAAGAUGAUGAAAAUGUUAAGGCAAAGGGUUUGCAAUGCAGUUCUUGCUUUGCAUUAUUUGAGGCCAAUAUUUGGAGGAAAUAUCUACUUGCUAACCCAAAACCAAGAUUCAACAUCAGUCAACAGGCAGGAAAUGUGCUUUAGAGCAUUUUUGUAGCAACUUUCAUUCAUUACAGAACCCUAAUGUCCACAGAAAAAGAUGCAUUAAACAUGAAGUAAAGCAGAGAAAUGAUCACCAAGCAAUAAGAAUGCAAAUGUAUUUGCUACAAUCAAACUUAUAUUUAAAAAAUAUGACUAUUUUUUAAAACAAACUGUUUAUUUGCAGUUUAGUAAAAUCCAGAAAAAAUGUAUUGCAAGUCUUAGUCAUGAGCUUUACUGGUCUGCUUCUAUACAAUCGUUCACAUGGCAAAAAUAACCAUCACUCUGCAUUAUUUAUUAUUCAUAUGGAUAAUUUAUGUUCCCUGCAUGGCUUUUCUCUUAUCAAGACUAAAGACAAGUUGAGAAGAACACAGCUAAGAGGAAAAAAAACGACAGGUUUUUCUCUCAAACACAUUUUGUGGCUCCAUUUCCAUUAAAAAUGUAGCUUGCUUAAAAAUAAAUGGGCAUGUCAAAAGUGAGAACUCAUUUGGUUUAGAGCCAGUGUUUGUGGAUCUUUAUGGGUCUGCUUUUGCAAAGAGUUUUGAUUUUACAGAGGGAAAAGCACUAAAAUGAUCUGAGUGUGACUUCUCUAUCACAGAGGACUCAUAAAGCUGCUGAUUACACACAAGUUCAAAAAUCAGAAGGAGGCUACAUGGCCGACAGUAUCUGAGGAAUUUAGUCAUUUAAUUUGUGAAAGACAGAAUCUAAACAUUAUGUAAUGAUAGACACUUAACUGACUGACUCAUGUCAAUUCAUUAUAUAACGUUAUUCAAAAGACUUGGUGGAGAUUACCACAUGACAGAUCCAAUAAUGUUAUGUAGUUAUAAUGUUUAUUGUUGCAUUUGCAACAAAGCUCUGUGUGUUUGUUUUUAUUUAUUUUUUAUAAAUUAUCACACAACUACCUACAUCAUUAUUAAGUAUCAACGUAUCACAGUAAAUAAUAAUGCUGGAUGAACUCUUAUAUGGAAACAGUUUUUUUUAUUUGGCGACUUUUAUGACAAUUGGGCGAGUUAUUAUUUGGCUACUUGGCAUUAGUCAAAUUAAUACAUUACUAGAAGCUCAACCAAGUAUACGUAAAGAUUAUGCAGCGCAUAAAUAGCAUG